GUGUUUGCGAGGCCCAUUCCAUGUAUGAAGCACAAAUUGGCAAUUAGUCUUUGUUCCUCAACUGAGAAAUCUUGUCUUCACCCUGAAGACUGCUCGGGUCGGAUACAAUGCACUGAGAACGGGAACGAUACGCCAUGGAGCACCCGUCAUCGAGCUCCAAAGUUACAGUUGAAUACUUUGACCCACAUGGAGUCUACCAGCUCCUCUCGCCGGGUCUCCUUCCUCGAUUGCCUUUGCGCAACCUCCAUUGGGAAUCCCAUGCUGGGCCCCUCCGAUCCAUUUCCUCCCUCUAUAUCGACCUAGUUCCGUCUGCGCAGGCAAACUAUCCUCUCUCGUCAACGGAUCUAGCAUCGGCAAGCACAUCGAGCCUCUCGAGAAUCAAGAGCGAAGAUUCCGCUACCAGUGGCGACGAUGGCUUUCGAACACAGCCGUUAGGGCAAGCUGCGUUCGAGAGACCAGAAUCCGUUUCCGGUCCUUCCAAGACUGUUAUGAAAGAACGCAGGCAUCAGAUACCAGGGCUCAGACAGACGCCAUAUUUGAAGGUGCUCUUCGUACGCUGCGAUGAUAGUGAGACGUACAAGACACAGACACGGAAAGAAGUCCGAGAUUGGAUCAAGGAACAAACCCCCCCAGCCACAAAGUCCAGUGCGCAAGAGAACCACGAUGCUUUCGAAUGGCUCAUAAUUCAUGUAAUCGUCCCGAACACGGCUGCUGCGACCCAGCCUAGAACUGGCGGAAAAUCUUCUGAAGGCAGCACCGGGUCUUCAUCGGACAAAUCAGGCACUCGUUGGGGGAAGGGCUCAUCUACUAUUUUGGAGAAAUUGCGUGCAGAUUUCAAUGGAUCCUCCAGAUCAGCCGUUGAUCGAGUGGCUCAAAUUCGCAUUGGUAUCAAUGAUGUACCUUAUGAGAUGCUUCCGCGGGUCAUUCCAGCCAUUCCAGGGUCGUAUAGCGAGACCCCACAAGAAAACGAGAAUGCAUGGCUUGAUCUUGUCUCCAAGUUCAAAUCGUUGAUUCUAUCAUCUUUUGACAUGCGGGUGGGUCAAUAUGAAGAGGACAUCCGUGAGAAGGAUGCCCAGAGAAGCUUGCCUGGAUGGAACUUCUGCACAUUUUUCGUGCUCAAAGAGGGCUUAGCCAGAGGGUUCGAAAGUGUCGGCCUUGUUGAGGAUGCCCUGGUAGGAUAUGAUGAGCUUGCCGUAGGUCUCGAUGCAAUCAUUAGAGAACAGUCUGCCACUGGGUCAGGGGCUGAACAUGGCGGUUCCUUCUUGCCAUAUACAGAGGAUCUUGAGCGUCAGGCAGAAAACGCCAGGUCUGAUAUAUCCAAAGAUAUGGGCUCAGAUGAUGUGGUAGAAACAGAUGACCCUAUCGACCUUCAGUCCACCUCUCAGUCCCCUGAAAAUGUAGCGAACGAAAUUCCUCUGAAUGCAACGAAGAAGCGAUACCGAGAGCUCAUAUUGUCAAACGACAUCUCGAUAUUCGAUUUCCGCUGCUAUCUGUUUGCGCGACAGCUGUCAUUACUGCUCCGAAUAGCAAAUGCCUGGUCAUCGCAAGAAGAGCUUCUGGCGAAGCUAAAAGAACAACGAGAAUCAAGUCUACAGGGUGUAGCAGCGCGGCUUCCAGCUACCCAACCUUCUGAGGACGUUGAGAAUCUUGCUGUACUUGGAGAAGUGUGUCGACGAGCUAUGGACUUUGUGGCCUCCAUUGCACGAGUUAUGCGCGAUGACAUGUGGUCCUCGUGGAGACAUUCCCAGCAAAACUCUGACUCGCAAGUGAACGACACCACAUCCCAAGAUCCCGUUAUGGUGCAAGUAGUUGACAACAUCGUUGCUUCUUUUACCUUUGCCAUCGCUCAGCAGAUUCUUGCGCAAACAUCAACAAAAUCUCUACCUAUUCCCCCUUCGACGUUGGCACCUCCUAGCAGCAAAAUUGGCUUAGAUGGGCAAGAGCCCAAAGCGGCUAUUCCUGAGCCGAAGACCAUGAUGCAUCCUGCCAGGAGUAGUUCGCUUGCCCUCCGAUCCCGCUCUCGUGAACCUCCAAGCCCAGGUCUCUUCCCUGGAGGUCGAAGAAAUAGUGUACCUGAGCAAGGGGCCGCCUCACCAUUCCUUAAGUCGGGGUUAGAAGAGCUCGCAGCACAUCGGGCAGAACUGUAUCUUCUUUCUCGCAAUGUGCUUGAGCAAUUGGGCAAGAAGCAUGGAUGGGGCGUUGGAUGGGCAGAAAUGGCACAGUGGCAAGGUGCGACUGGGGAUGAAAUGGAAGAGGUCGACCUUGACAAACCCUCUACAGUCGAUAGCGAGGCAGGUACCACUUCAAAGCUACCACCUUCAGUCCAGGGUAUUGACAGUAAGCUUCUCCGCACUGCCCUGGAUAAUCAAGACGACUUCUACCGGCUCUACGAAACACUAACCGACAAGGCUCUUCGCCAUUACACCGUUGCAAAUCAUGUGCAAUCUGUGCAAUCAAGCAUGGCUGAUCUUGCCGUACUCAAAUUCCAUGUAACGGAUUUCGCUGCUGCUGCGUCAUACUUCUUUCGCAUGACCCCUUUCUACGGUGAAGGCGGAUGGGCGGGAGUCGAACUGCCGAUGUUGGUAAUGUACGCAAAGUGCCUCAAGGAACUUCAGCGCAAAGAAGAUUACGUCCGAGUCGUACUAAAGUUUUUGUCGAGAGCGGCAAUGAUGGAGAAGGAAAGGCUUCAAAGACAAUCCGCCUUCCGGAUAGGUGGCAGUCAGCAUUUUUCUGAUGAAGCAUUUAUGUCGACUUCUUCGUACCUUCCGGAGUUGAUGCAGAUUACCAAGAAUUUACAGCACGAGGUUCUCGUGCCUCUUCAGAACUUUUUCUGCAAGGUCGAGGUAGAUGAGACCGUCCAAUAUCGUUCAGAAAUAGAUGGGUUUGGACUUCAGCUUCGACUUCAGUAUCUCCUUGCGGAUGAUUUGAGCAUCAAAAAGGGUAGAGUUAAGAUUACUCCCAUGAGUGGAGACACGAACCGAGAUCUGUGGCUAGAAACGACUGGCCCAUUGGUAUUCAAGAAUGGCAAGGUGCAGAUGUCAGUCCAGAGUAAUGUUCUCGUCCCAGGGGCUUAUCAUGUCAGCCAUAUUGUCCUUCAAGCCAACAAUAUCGUUCUUCAAUAUCCAACCAGUAACACAGUGUCCCCACCUAAAAAGGAUGAUGGCUUCUUCAAAUGUCCGAAGCUACUCAUCUAUCAGAGAUCAGAUUCCUUUGAUGUUCGACUGUACGCAUUCAGAUCUAUUCACUUGGACCGCAAUCGCUUUUUGGAGAUCGAACUAUCGUCCGGACGGAACAAUGUGAGCAGUGGUGAGCUUCACAUACGAGCAGCAACAGCUGGUCUGAGGCUUCAAACCAGCGAUGCAAAGGUUGUCAGCGGAUCUCUCGAAGUUUCGCAAAGAUCCGAAGCGGGUGUUAUCAAGUUUGGUAUCAUGGAGUCCGGCUCCACUGCUAAAAUCGGAAUACCUUUCAAUCUUGAGCACGAAGUCAACGAUCUCUCUAUCAAGCUGGAGAUAUCUUACACCACUGAAAAGGGAACGUUUUUCUCCGCGACGACACCAACAAUAUCAAUUAUGCUUCCCCUGGGUGUCAACGUUCAGGAUGUUUUCAAACACAAAGCGCUAUUCUCUAAAUUCACCAUCUCUUCUGCAACGCCUGGUCCCCUACGACUGUUGAGCUCUAGAUUGGAGAAAUCGGAGGUAUUUGAAGCCCAUGGUGGACUCGCCCUCAGCAAACCCGUAAUCGUCUUCCCUCGCCAACCGGCUUCGAUGUUGUACAAGAUCACCAAGCCCCUCACGACCCCGAGGCCGCAUUCUAAGCAGAAACAAAAGUCCUCUUUGUCCUUGAUUUUACAUUACAUAUGUCUCGAGGAGGAGGUCGAAGAUGCAGUGACCGGCAGCCUUCGCCAACUUUUCGAGGAAGAAUCAUUGCGUCCUUAUACGCGAUUGGUAUUACCAGCCGUUAUCUCCGAGCUUCGAGCCCGGAUUAGCCCGUACGAUUUCGAACGUGCGGCCAUAUUGAACGAAGUAUCGACCUCUGUAUUUUCGUCAGUGAGAUGGCGAGAUCACUUCUCGGGCCUCGGCCGAACAGGGCAACACAACGAGGAGGUUGCCUCUAUUCUCUCAAAAAUACUUGAGACUUGGCAACAAGAAACGCCUCGGAUCCCAUUGGUGCCCAUUUCUAUUAACGAUGAGACCAUCUCCAGGAGCCGAUCGAUCAUAAUUCCGGUCGACGUACCCUCGGUAACUGUUGUUCACACAGCUGAUCUGAAAUUACUUGAGAAGACAGCCGGGCUCGGCAAUAACGUCGUAGUUGCAGCUAACCAACCCAUCACUGGGUCAUUGUGCAUCAAGUGGACCAGAAUGUGGGACACAGAGCAGUUGGACCAAUCUUCAGCCGAGAACGACUUUUUGGAGUUCUUCUAUGAACUCUCAGGGUCGCCAGAUACCUGGCUUAUUGGUGGAAAACGAAAGGGACAUUUCAGGAUUCCCAAAGAUUCAAGUCCAAAUGGCGUACAGAAGCAUUCAUUUCCAGUCGUCUUAAUCCCUUUGCGAGAAGGCUUCCUCCCCUUCCCAACUGUCGAGAUCAAGCCAGCUCCAUUUGUGAAAGCCCACAAGCCAGGGCAGGGCGGGUCUGAGGAAGAUACCCGCAUCAAGCAAACCAACAUUACCUGCGAGACAGAUUUCAAGAAUGCAGGAGAAACAAUAAGAGUCAUCAGCAAUUCCCGAAGCACGACAGUUAGUCUGGACGCCAGUGGGCCACAAGGAGGUGCGUGGCUGUUGGAAUGUGAGAGACGGAAUGCUGGAAGCGGAGGAAUUGUGCUUGGUUAAGUUACACCAUGCCCAAUGACGGAGUGAGUGGUUUCAAGGUCUGCUCUAUUCAUAGACCAGCUUGACUUUCAGUUGGAGCACAGCAAUAGAGGGUUCUCCAGGGUGUUUUUUGAACCACUGGCCAUCUCCAGCAGCCAAAGGCCAGAAAGGCAUGGUACCUGCCCGUGUAGUCUUUCCAGCCUCUCAGAGUCAAUGUCACUUGAAUUGCGCAGUCUAUCACUAAAAGCUCCAGACCAAAUACACUGAUCUCAGUGAUUCUAGC